GUCAGCUGAGCCUGGGAUAGUUACGCGGCAGCCGCACCGAAUUUUGGAGACGGCAGAGUUCUGAGGCCCGCGCGCGCGUUUCUUUGAACCCAGAGUCGUCGUUACCAUGCCCGGCCCGAACCCCAGCGGCACCAGUGUCGGCGCUUCCGGCCGCUCCCCCAGCAAAGCGGUGGCGCCUCGAGCUGCGGGAUCCACCGUCCGGCAAAGGAAAAACGCCAGCUGUGGGACUAGGAGCGCAGGCCGCACUACAUCAGCAGGCACUGGUGGCAUGUGGAGAUUCUACACUGAAGACUCCCCUGGACUCAAAGUUGGUCCUGUUCCAGUUUUGGUUAUGAGUCUCCUCUUUAUUGCUUCUGUAUUUAUGUUGCAUAUCUGGGGCAAGUACACUCGCUCAUAGACUCAACGGCAUCCAUAUGUCUGCCAAUUUGAAACAUACAUCUUGGACCAAAAGUACGGAGGAUUUUGUUUGUUCAUGGACAGAGAAUAUUUGGAAAGCUUCCUGUUGGCUAUUGAGGAGUCCCUUGUCACUUAUUUGGCAUUGGUGUUGAAUGAACUGUUAAAUUUUUCUGUUUGUACUGGUUUUGAAGCAUUUCUGUCACAGGUCAUUGUGUGUUUGCCUGUAGACUUACAAAUUACAGGUCUUGCAAUAAAAUUUGUAUACGUAAAUUGAAGCAAUGUAUGCUCUGUUCCUCUUCCCCCUCCCCAACACAGCACUGUCAUUAAGUAUUAUAAAGAGCUCUCUGAAUGGUUUUGAGUAAACAGUGCUAUAAUAGUUCAAAAUGGAAUUUUACAUACUGUGCAAUGCAGAUAGAAAAUAAAAUCUUGCAUCAGA